AAAACGUGGUUUGAAAAGUUUAGAAGUUUUACAUUGUGUUGAAAAUGCCUAGGGCCAAAGCUGGUGCCAAGAGAAGGAGUACAGAGGUUUCAAACAGUACUACAGGCACAAGAGCAAAGACGAGAAAAGCACAGGAGGUAGACAGUGAAGCUAAAGAGGAUGUGUUGGUGAAGAAAAUCACCGAGGCCGUGUUGGAAGCAAUUGAUGAAAGGAACAAAGCCACUGAUACCCAAGGGGGAGGUGCUUCUGAUAGUGACGGUGAGUCCGACUCAGAGAUUACCUUUAAGGAUAUUGAGGGGUCAAAUGAUGAAUAUGCCUCAAGUGAGGCAAUAGAUACUUCCACUUGGUCAACUCCUAUUUCGGCAAUGAUUCCACAAAAGCUUAAGCAAAAGAUAUGGGAAGAUCAGUAUAUUGACCUUGCAGCUCUUCUCCCUAACAAUUUAAUCCCUUGCACCGAAAAUAAUGACUACACAUUUAAAAUAGGGGAGAACACUAACCUCUCGGUAGUACCCAAAAGGGCAAAACAAACAAUUAAGACCAUAUUCCAGUGGACAACAGCAUUUCUGCGUUUCCUUUCUGUCUACACUGAAAAAUUUCCGAACGAAACGCCAAAUCUAUUAAAACACGCGGAGACAGUUCGUGAUAUGGCAUCAUCUGGAAAUGUUUCUUGGCAAACAUAUGAUAAACAAAUUAGGAUGGACAGGCAAAACAGGGGUACUCCUUGGGGGAAGCUAAAUGUUGAAUUCAUUCUUCAGGCUCAGAGAUCUAGGGAGGAAGCGAACCAGCCCUUUCGUCCCUUUCGAUCAAGGUUUGGACAAAAAUCCGGGGGGAGAAAACAUUACCCCAAAGGAAUUUGCUGGAAAUAUAAUAGGGAUGGAAGUUGCAAAACUGAAAACUGCAGAUUCGAACACAUUUGUACAGGAUGUAAGAGAAACCACCCUAAAACAAAGUGCAGAGCACAAACAACUAGUAAAAGCCCAGUGCAGUUUUCCUCAGGCAAUACAGCAAAACACCAAUGAGGUCGUGACCCCUAUUAUAGCUAAUGUAUUGCAAUAUCUGUUACUAGGCUAUGACGCAACUAUUUCUGAGUAUUUGAUUUCAGGAUUUAAAUAUGGAUUCGACUUGCACU